AUGGCGUACUACCAACAACAACAGCAGCAGCACUCGGAUCCGUCCUACUUCACAGAGGGCCACGACGAACCCCAACGGCCACGGAUGGGUUCUCGGGACGCCGCCAAGAUGAUUGCGAGGCAACGGCAGGAGAUUAUCGCCAGCGAGCUUUCCCGGAUAGCCGGCGAUGAGUACCUGGAGGAUAUCAUGAAGCACAUGAGGCACAUGGAGGACGAGACAAUGCCUGAUGCCAACCUCAUUGACAUGCAACGAGAGAUUCAAUGGUACAUGAGACCCUACCUCAUCGACUUCCUGAUCGAGGCCCAUGCCGCCUUCGCCCUCCUGCCCGAGACUCUCUUCCUCACCGUCAACCUCCUCGACCGGUACUGCUCGAAGCGCGUCGUCUACAAGCAACACUACCAGCUCGUCGGUUGCGCCGCCCUGCUCAUCGCUGCCAAGUAUGGAGACAAGAAGGACCGCGUGCCCCAGAUCCACGAGCUUAACAACAUGUGCUGCGGCCUGUACGACGCCGGCAUGUUCACCCAGAUGGAGAUGCACGUCCUCAACACGCUUGAGUGGACCAUCGGCCAUCCCACCGUCGACUUCUUCACCCAGCUCAUCGUCGCCGAGGAGCACGACAAGGUCGAGGUUGAGCACAUGGCCUCGUACAUCUGCGAGAUCGCCCUGUACCACCGCGACUUUGUCUCCACCAAGCCGUCCAUCAUGGCCCGUUCCUCCCUGGCCCUGGCGAGAGCGAUCCUGGGCGAGCCCGAGAUCAACGACGGAGAGUGGGACCACGUCGAGAACGUUACCCUCCUGACCCUGUCCCAGCACCUGCACAGCCCCUCCGUCGCCCUUGCGAGGAAGUACGCCUCUCAGCACCUCUCGGGCGUCGCCAAGAAGCUCGCGUCCUUCAUGGCCCACCAGGCCAGCAUUGCCCGCGCGCAGUCGGGGGGGCCUCCGAGUCCGCCUUCUGAAUCAGCCGCAAAACACGCAAACAUCUACAGCACCCCCCACAAGGGCCACGCCGUCCAGGGAAUAGUGGAAGGAUACAUGACCCCUCCCAUCACCCCGGACGGCGCCGCCUAUGGCACCGUUUCCAAGGACGCCUAUCCGCUGCCCCCGAGAUGUCCCGUCACCCCCACCCCUCAACCAAACACGGCGACGUUUGUGCAGCAACAAGUGCAGCAACAGUACGCCCCGUUUGUACACCAACACACGACAGGCCAACAACACCUGGCCUAA